GCAAGAGAAUGUAGGACAAGUCCUACUGGCCUGGCCAGGGUCCCACCUAAUUCCUUAUGACGUGUCUAGUGCAGGUGACACGUUCUUUAAGGUGUGGAUAGGCAGUUAAUUUCAUGGAGAGUAGGAGGUGUAAGUUUGGUGUAGUGUUUUUUUUUUCUUUACAGUGGGGCAUUAUCUGAACGAUACUCAUUCUCUCUUGAGUCUGGACUUCAUGCAACAAGCAGCAACUGGAUAUUAUUUUAAAAUAAGCACAAGCCAUCAAAAGACACUGAUCUGGGUCCUUCUUUUGGAGGAACCAUUGAGAAGUGCUUCUUGGUCAAGAACUAACCAAAGGAAAACUCCAGCAGGAAGAGAAGAACUGUGGGUUUCUCACCCCAGCCACCACGGAAGCUAUGCCGUGAAAAGACUCGACACAUUGACACACAGCCAGUGGGACCGGGUGUUGAUUCCUCUUCGGAGGUUUGGAGGGAAAGAGAAGAAUUCCCUCACUGAGGUAUUUGAAGGAUGACUUCCCAUUUUCGGCAGCUUCGGAUCCUGGUCUGGAAAAAUUGGCUUGGUGUCAAAAGACAGCCGCUUUGGACACUUGUUUUAAUCUUAUGGCCAGUCAUUAUUUUCAUAAUUUUGGCUAUUACCAGAACAAAAUUUCCUCCAACAGCAAAAGCAACCUGUUAUCUUGCUCCUCGAAACCUUCCUAGUACUGGCUUCUUCCCAUUCCUGCAAACUCUACUCUGUGACACUGACUCUAAGUGUAAGGACACACCUUACGGGCCACAAGAUCUGCUUCGCCGGAAAGGAAUUGAUGAUGCACUAUUCAAAGACAGUGAAACUCUGAGAAAGUCAUCCAAGCUGGAGAAGGACAGUAAUCUAUCACUCCAGAGCACCCCAGUUCCAGAGAGAAGGCACGCAUCGCUGGCCACAAAAUUCCCCAGUCCAAGUUCUGAUUUGAAAAGUUAUGAAACAGAUACUUUUAAUGGCAGUCAAGUUCUUGCAUGGAUCCUUGGCUUGGAAAAGCUGUUAAAGCAAAAUUCAACUUCAGAGGACAUACGAAAAGAACUGUGUAAGGGCCAUCCAGGAUACAAUGAGGAUUAUGCCUUCUCUUGGAUCACUGUGGGAAAAAAUGUUUUUAACAAAUUUUGCUUUUCCAACAUGACCCUUCUAGAGUCUUCUCUUCAAGAACUAAACAAACAGUUCUCUCAGAUAUCAAGUGACCCCAACAAUCAGAAGCUUGUGUUCCAGGAAAUGGCCCGAGUGCUGUCCCUCUUCUCCCAAGUGCAGGAGCAGACAGCUGUGUGGCAGCUCCUCUCUAGUUUUCCAAAUGUGUUUCAGAAUGAAACAUCGCUAAGCAAUCUGUUUGAUGUUCUUCAAAAGGCAAAUGGGGUGCUGCUGAUGGUGCAGAAGGUUUACCCACGUGCUGAAACUAAUGACGGCUUCAGAACCGUCCAGAAGUCUGUUAAACAUCUGCUGUACACUCUGGACUCCCCAGCUCAAGGUGGCUCUGUUAACACAACACAUGUGUGGAAUGAAGAUGAUGAGCAGAUACUCUCUCCAAGCAGUCUGGCUGCACAGCUUCUGAUCCUGGAGAACUUUGAAGAUUCUCUCUUAAAUAUAUCGGCAAAUAGUCCUUAUCUUCCUUAUUUGGCAUGUGUGAGAAAUGUCACUGACAAUUUGGCCAAGGGAUCAGAAGAAAAUCUAAGACUCCUGCAAUCCACAAUUCGAUUUAAAAAAUCUUUUCUUCAAAAUAGUUCCUAUGAGGAUUACUUCCCUUCAGUUCCUGAAGUCCUAAAAUCAAAACUGUCUCAACUUCGAAACCUGACCAAACUUCUUUGUGAGUCUGAAACUUUCAAUUCAAUAGAAAAAUCGUGCCCGCUGUCUAAUAUGAGCUUUGGGAGCCUCUGUGAAGAGAGUGUGUUUCAUGUGCAACUCCUCGAAGCAGCAGAGCUGGGCACUGAACUAGCAACCAGCUUACUGUACCAUGACAAUAUCUUAUCUAAGAAACUGAGGGAUUUGCUGACUGGGGAUCCAAGCAAAAUUAACUUAAAUAUGGAUCAGUUCCUAGAAGAGGCAUUGCAAAUGAAUUACUUGGAAAAUAUCACUCAGCUAAUGCCGACCAUUGAAGCCAUGCUGCAUGUCAAUAACAGUGCAGAUGCUUCUGAAAAACCAGGUCAGCUAAUAGAAAUGUUUAAAAAUAUUGAAGCGCUGAAAGAAGAACUGAAGCAAAUGACAGGAAUGUCCAACAGCAGCAUCGACAAGUUGCUAGCUAUUCCAAUCCCUGAUAACAGAGCUGAGAUUAUUUCUCAAGUGUUCUGGUUGCAUUCUUGUGAAACUAACACUACCAAUCCCAAACUAGAGGAUGCAAUGAAGGAAUUCUGUAGCCUGCCUCUUCCCGAGAGAGCCCGCCAGUCUUACCUCAUCGGACUUACUCUCCUGCACUACCUGGACAUUUACAACUUCACAUACAAGGUGUUUUUUCCUAGAGAAGAUCAAAAACCUGUGGAAAAAAUGAUAGAACUCUUCAUAAGACUGAAAGAAAUUCUCAAUCAGAUGGCUUCUGGCACACAUCCGUGGCUAGACAAAAUAAGAUCCCUGAGACAAAUGCAUCUGUCCAGAAGUGUUCCAUUAACACAGGCCAUGUACAGAAGCAACAGAAUGAAUACACCACAAGGAUCAUUUACUACCAUCUCCCAAGCCUUGUGUUCCCAAGGAAUUACCACUGAUUAUUUAACUGCCAUGCUGCCCUCUUCCCAGAAGCCAAAAGGCAAUCAUACCAAGGAUUUUUUGACUUACAAAUUAAGUAAAGAACAAAUUGCUUCGAAGUAUGGAAUUCCCAUACAUACCACACCAUUUUGCUUCUCCCUUUAUAAAGACAUCAUUAAUAUGCCAGCUGGACCCGUGAUUUGGGCUUUCCUGAAACCUAUGUUGCUGGGAAGGAUUUUAUAUGCCCCACAUAACCCAAUUACAAAGGCAAUCAUGGAAAAGUCUAAUGUAACUCUGAGGCAGCUGGCAGAAUUAAGAGAAAAAUCUCAGGAGUGGAUGGAUAAGUCGCCAAUUUUCAUGAAUUCCUUCCAUCUGUUAAACCAAGCAAUUCCAAUGCUCCAGAAUACUCUGAGGAACCCCUUUGUGCAAGUUUUUGUGAAGUUCUCCGUGGGACUUGAUGCUGUGGAGCUUUUGAAGCAGAUAGAUGAGCUUGAUAUUCUGCGGCUGAAAUUAGAAAACAACAUUGACAUCAUUGAUCAGCUUAACACACUAUCUUCUCUGACAGUAAAUAUUUCCUCUUGUGUAUUGUAUGACCGUAUUCAAGCAUUAGAAACCAUAGAUGAAAUGGAGAGAGAGGCUAAAAGGCUCUCUAAAAGCAAUGAACUCUUUGGAAGUGUUAUUUUUAAGCUUCCCUCUAACAGAAGCCGGCACAGAGGCUAUGACUCUGAAAAUAUCUUUCUUCCUCCUGUCAUAAAAUAUACCAUCCGCAUGAGCCUCAAGACUGCACAGACCACACGAAGCCUAAGAACCAAGAUCUGGGCCCCGGGGCCACACAACUCUCCAUCACACAAUCAGAUCUAUGGCAGGGCUUUUGUUUAUUUACAGGAUAGUAUUGAAAGAGCAAUCAUUGAAUUGAAAACUGGCAGAAACUCUCAGGAAAUAGCAGUUCAAGUUCAGGCAAUUCCUUAUCCAUGCUUCAUGAAAGACAAUUUCCUAACCAGUGUCUCUUAUUCUCUUCCAAUUGUGCUCAUGGUUGCCUGGGUUGUAUUUAUAGCUGCUUUUGUAAAAAAGCUUGUUUAUGAGAAAGAUCUGAGGCUUCAUGAGUACAUGAAGAUGAUGGGUGUGAACUCCUGCAGCCAUUUUUUUGCCUGGCUUAUAGAGAGUGUUGGAUUUUUACUGAUUACCAUCACAAUCCUCAUCAUUAUACUCAAGUUUGGCAAUAUUCUUCCUAAAACAAAUGGGUUCAUUUUGUUCCUGUAUUUUUCGGACUACAGUUUCUCAGUUAUUGCCAUGAGCUAUCUUAUCAGUGUCUUCUUCAACAACACCAACAUUGCAGCUCUAAUUGGAAGCCUCAUCUAUGUCAUUGCCUUUUUUCCAUUUAUUGUUCUGAUUACGGUGGAGGAUGAACUGAGCUAUGUAGUUAAAGUAUUCGUGAGUCUUCUGUCCCCAACAGCAUUCAGCUAUGCAAGCCAAUACAUUGCACGAUAUGAGGAACAGGGCAUUGGCAUGCAAUGGGAAAAUAUGUACAGUUCCCCAGUGCAGGAUGACACCACCUCAUUUGGCUGGCUGUGCUGUCUAAUCCUAGCUGACUCUUUCAUUUAUUUCCUUAUUGCUUGGUAUGUCAGGAAUGUUUUCCCAGGGACAUAUGGUAUGGCAGCCCCAUGGUAUUUUCCAAUCCUUCCUUCCUAUUGGAAGGAGAGAUUUGGAUGUGCAGAGGUGAAACAUGAGAAAAGCAAUGGCCUUAUGUUUACUAAUAUCAUGAUGCAGAACACCAACCCAUCUGUCAGUAAGACAAGUCCUGAGUGCAUGUUUCCUUCCAACAUUGAGCCUGAACCUAGAGAUCUCACAGUGGGGGUAGCUCUGCAUGGCGUCACAAAGAUGUAUGGCUCAAAAAUUGCCGUUGAUAACCUCAAUUUGAACUUUUAUGAAGGCCAUAUUACUUCAUUGCUGGGACCCAAUGGAGCUGGGAAAACUACAACCAUCUCUAUGUUAACUGGGCUAUUCGGAACCAGUGCCGGUACCAUCUUUGUGUAUGGAAAAGAUAUCAAAACAGACCUAGACACUGUCCGGAAGAACAUGGGGGUCUGUAUGCAGCACGAUGUCUUGUUCAGCUACCUCACUACCAAGGAACACCUUCUCCUGUAUGGCUCCAUCAAAGUUCCUCACUGGACGAGAAAGCAGCUCCACGAGGAAGUGAAAAGGACUUUAAAAGAUACUGGACUAUACAGCCAUCGUCAUAAAAGAGUUGGAACACUGUCGGGAGGAAUGAAGAGGAAGUUAUCUAUAUCCAUAGCUCUCAUCGGUGGAUCGAGGGUAGUAAUUCUGGAUGAACCAUCCACUGGAGUUGAUCCAUGUUCUCGCCGAAGUAUAUGGGAUGUUAUAUGUAAAAACAAAACUGCCAGAACAAUCAUUCUGUCAACACACCACCUGGAUGAGGCUGAAGUGCUGAGUGACCGCAUUGCCUUCCUGGAGCAGGGUGGGCUCAGGUGCUGUGGGUCCCCUUUUUAUCUCAAGGAAGCCUUUGGGGAUGGCUAUCAUCUCACACUCACCAAGAAGAAGAGUCCAAAUCUCAGCGCAAGUACAGUCUGUGACACAAUGGCCGUGACAGCGAUGAUCCGAUCACAUCUCCCAGAAGCCUACCUCAAAGAGGAUAUUGGGGGAGAGCUGGUUUAUGUGCUCCCUCCAUUCAGCACUAAAGUCUCAGGAGCCUACUUGUCACUCCUAAGAGCACUGGACAAGGAUAUGGGUACCCUCAACAUAGGGUGCUAUGGCAUUUCAGAUACCACCGUGGAAGAGGUUUUUCUGAACUUAACUAAAGACUCACAAAAAACUACUAAUAUGAGUCUGGAGCACUUAACACAAAGGAAAAUUGGGAAUUCCAGUGCAAAUGGCAUCUCGACUCCUGAUGAUUUGUCUCUGAGCAGCAGCAAUUUCACAGACCGAGAUGACAAAAUCCUGACGAGUGGAGAAAGGUUGGAUGGUGUGGGGCUGCUACUGAAAAAGAUAAUGGCCAUCCUCAUCAAGAGGUUCCACCACACGCGCAGGAACUGGAAAGGCCUUAUCGCACAGGUUAUCCUCCCUAUUGUCUUUGUAACCACUGCUAUGGGCCUUGGUACUCUGAGAAAUUCCAGCAACGAUUAUCCAGAGAUCCAGAUCUCCCCCUCUCUCUAUGGUACCUCGGAUCAGACAGCCUUCUAUGCGAAUUCUCACCCAAGCACAAAUGCAUUGGUCUCAGCAAUGUGGAAUUUUCCUGGCAUUGACAAUCUGUGUCUGAACACCAGUGAUCUGCAAUGUUUAAAGAGAGAGAGUCUGGGGAAAUGGAACACCAGUGGAGAACCUAUCACUAAUUUUGGUGUUUGCUCCUGCUCAAAAAAUGUCCAGGAAUGUCCUCAAUUUAAUUACUCUCCACCUCAUAGAAGAACUUAUUCUUCUCAAGUAAUUUAUAACCUCACUGGGCACCGCAUGGAAAAUUAUCUUAUAUCAACUGCAAAUGAGUUUGUCCAAAAAAGAUAUGGAGGUUGGAGUUUUGGGCUGCCUUUGACUACAGACCUUCGUUUUGAUAUAACAGCGGUUCCUGCCAAUAGAACACUUGCCAAGGUGUGGUAUGAUCCAGAGGGCUACCACUCCCUUCCAGCUUACCUCAACAGCCUGAACAAUUUCCUCCUGCGAGUUAACAUGUCUGAAUACGAUGCUGCCCGACAUGGUAUCAUCAUGUAUAGCCAUCCUUAUCCUGGAGUACAAGACCAAGAACAAGCCACAAUCAGCAGUUUAAUCGAUAUUUUAGUGGCACUGUCCAUCCUAAUGGGCUACUCCGUCACGACCGCCAGCUUUGUCACCUACGUUGUAAGGGAGCAUCAGACAAAGGCCAAGCAGCUGCAGCACAUUUCAGGCAUUGGUGUGACGUGCUACUGGGUAACAAACUUCAUAUAUGACAUGGUCUUCUACUUGGUACCUGUAACAUUUUCAAUUGGUGUCAUUGCAAUUUUCAAAUUACCUGCCUUCUAUAGUGAAAACAACCUAGGUGCUGUAUCUCUCCUGCUUCUGCUGUUUGGAUAUGCAACGUUUUCAUGGAUGUACUUACUGGCUGGGCUCUUCCAUGAAACAGGAAUGGCCUUUAUCACUUAUGUCUGUGUCAACUUGUUUUUUGGCAUCAAUUCCAUUGUUUCCCUGUCUGUGGUAUACUUUCUUUCCAAGGAAAAGCCUAAUGAUCCGACUUUAGAACUUAUUUCUGAAACCCUCAAGCGCAUUUUCCUGAUUUUCCCACAAUUCUGUUUUGGCUAUGGUUUGAUUGAACUUUCUCAACAACAGUCAGUCUUAGACUUCUUAAAAGCAUAUGGAGUGGAAUACCCAAGUGAAACCUUUGAGAUGGAUAAACUGGGAGCAAUGUUUGUGGCUUUGGUUGCUCAGGGUACCAUGUUCUUUCUCUUGCGACUCCUAAUCAAUGAGUGGCUAAUCAAGAAAUUCAGACUCUUCUUCAGGAAAUUUAAUUCUUCACCUGUAAUGGAGACAAUAGAUGAAGAUGAAGAUGUGCAGGCUGAGAGAUUAAGAGUUGAGAGUGGUGCAGCUGAAUUUGACCUGGUCCAACUCCAUCGUCUCACAAAGACCUACCAGCUUAUCCACAAAAAGAUUGUAGCUGUAAACAACAUCAGUAUUGGGAUACCUGCUGGAGAGUGCUUCGGCCUUCUUGGGGUGAAUGGAGCAGGAAAGACUACUAUAUUCAAGAUGCUGACUGGAGACAUAAUUCCUUCAAGUGGAAACAUUCUGAUCAGAAAUAAGACUGGAUCUCUGGGUCAUGUUGACUCUCACAGCUCAUUAGUUGGCUACUGCCCUCAGGAAGAUGCCUUAGAUGAUCUGGUAACUGUGGAAGAACAUUUGUAUUUCUAUGCCAGGCUACAUGGAAUUCCAGAGAAGGAUAUUAAAGAAACUGUACAUAAACUCCUGAGGAGACUUCACCUGAUGCCCUACAAGGACCGACCUACCUCUAUGUGCAGUUACGGCACAAAGAGAAAAUUAUCCACUGCGCUGGCUUUGAUAGGAAAACCUUCCAUUCUUCUGCUGGAUGAGCCAAGCUCAGGGAUGGAUCCUAAGUCAAAACGGCAUCUCUGGAAGAUCAUUUCAGAAGAAGUGCAGAGCAAAUGUUCUGUCAUCCUGACAUCUCACAGCAUGGAAGAAUGUGAAGCUCUCUGUACCAGGCUGGCCAUUAUGGUGAAUGGAAGAUUCCAAUGUAUUGGAUCUUUACAGCACAUAAAGAGCAGGUUUGGACGUGGAUUUACUGUCAAAGUUCACUUGAAGAAUGACAAAGUAAGCAUGGAGACCCUCACAAGGUUCAUGCAGCUGCACUUUCCAAAAACAUACUUAAAAGAUCAGCACCUUAGCAUGCUAGAGUAUCAUGUACCAGUGACAGCAGGAGGAGUAGCAAACAUUUUUGAUCUGCUGGAAACCAACAAGACUGCUUUAAAUAUUACUAAUUUCCUAGUGAGUCAGACCACUUUGGAAGAGGUUUUCAUCAACUUUGCCAAAGACCAAAAGUCCUAUGAAACUACUGACACCAGCAGCCAAGGUUCUACCACCAGUGUUGACUCACAGGAUGACCAGUUAUAGUUACAGCACAUCCAGAACUCAGUCUCAGCAGAUGGAUAAUAGCUUCACUUUGAGGAAGAGCCACAGAACGAAAAAGUACAUCUUCAUUUUAAAGUAUUUUACUAUAUAGAAAUUUACCAUUGUGUAAGACUAACUGGUUAUAGAUGGAAAGUCAAUAUUGUUGACUUUCUAUGGUCAGUCAAUAUUGUUGCUACUAAAAUGGAUUCCUAUAUACUCAACACUGUGAGAGUGCCAAGGCAAAACCACCUUAAGACAAAUGUCUUAAUUUAUUACUUUCAAUAAAAAGCUUAAAAAGGCAUGGGUAUUAGUAGUUGAAAAGUAAGAGUGGAGAAGCACAGUAAGGUGAUUUGGGGUAGGUAGGGUUAGACAAGCAAAAUAAUUUAUUUCUAGAAAAUAACAGAAUGAGCAUCAGUAUGAAUAUGUGAAUCAAUUGUAAUGUGCCAAGUGCUACCAGCUAGGUUAGCAAUGGCAGUAAACAGUGGGCAUUUUGUCUACAAGGGAUAUGCAUAUCAUUUUCAGUAACUGAAUACACAGGGACUCACUAAACCCAAGAAAGCACCUUUCUACAAAAAUGCAAUUGAAAGCGCAGUUUGCCCUGGUGGUGAACAAAACUCAGAAUAAUUCCUGCCAUGCCAAUAGUAAGGCGCAGGGCAGAGCACGAAGCUACUAGCUGUUUAGGGGGGAAAUGGGUGUGUCAGCUGGGCAGAUACAGAUUGUGAAAACUGGUACUUCAUGUGCUGCUGGCAGGCAACUUUUUUUAAAGGUCCUACAGAAACCCUCAUAUUCUGGUUUUCUGCACAGAAAAGAUUCCUGUGGGCAGAAAAUGAAUAUGAAGACGAUUUUCAGCUAAUCUUGGCUGAUCCAGAUUUGUGUGUAUGGCUAUCGGAUAGACUUCUUAAUAAUGUUAAAUUAAGUGGAUCUCAAGACAGGUGCUUUAUGUACCGUGUGUGUGUGUGUGUGUGUGUGUGUGUAUGUUGUGUACAAGCUUGCCGUUUGGCAUCACUGUUUCUGUUUCAAAAAUCAAUAAACUCAAAGUUUAGAAAAAACAAUUCAUCAUGUCAUUUCAUUUACUAGGGAAGAGCCAGAAGCAUAAAAAUUGGAUUCUCACGAACUACAAGGACCCAAGCAAUCUGACCCCUGCUUACCUCUCACCUCACCCUCAUUGUUCUUCCUUUGCUCUUUCGGAGCUGGCGAUGCUAGUGUCUUGCCUGUGUUUUCAAUGCUCCUUCCCAUCUCCAGCACAUGCUGUGCAUCCCUGCUGGGAAUGCUCCCUUCCCCUCAACCACCACACUCUCUGUGCCUAACUCAUCAUCUUACAAGUUCUCCGAGAAGCUUUACUGCCCUGCUUUCUUAGUUUAAACCUCGCCACCCUUUCUAACAUUGCACUUUGUUGUGUCUCCCACUUUUUGUACUAUGUAAUAAAUCCAGACUAACAAUAUGUAACUUAACAGAUGGCAGCAUAAUUUCUCUUAGGGUAUAAAAUGGCUCUGUUGAGCAUAAUAUAUAGAUAAGUCUUUUGGACAAGAAAGUAUAACUCUGACAGCAUAGGUAUCUUCAGGAGCCCAAGGGACAGGUUCCAUGAAAGCAUAAAAAGGAUUUAUUCUUCUUUUUGUUUGGUUGCUUGCUUCUGAGCAAUGGAAGGAAGGCCAACAAAAGGAAGGAGAAAGGGCAGAAAGGAAAGAGGAAGUGGUACAGAGGUGGAAGGCUGGGUAUUGAAGACAUGAGAGUCCAGGAGAAAGUGGUUGAAUGGACUUUUAAAGAUAGGGAUAUCUAAAUGCUUUUUCAUGUGUAUUUGUUGUUCAUCCAUGCUAUGGACUGUCCCCAUCACCAUUAAAUCUUAA